AUGCCCAUUUCACCAUUCCCAGGGACGAGGAUCCUCCUCGUCGGCCUCAUAGCCGCAAUUUACCUGUAUACACCCGCGAUAUCUCUCGGCACAAUUGAAACGUCCAAAUGUAUCAAAGACUGCGGAAGUUCUCGGAAAACAACCGCCGAUGAUCUCGUCUGUCAGGAUUCAGCCUAUAAUACCACUGAGAAGGGGAAGACGGUCAAAAGUUGCCUGUUAUGUCAAAGUACCGGCACCGCAUAUAUCUCGGAUGAAAGAAAUGAUAUUUAUACGUUUUUAUAUAAUCAAAAAUACACGGUUCAAACCUGUCUCUUCGACCGUGACGGUCCCUCCAUAAAAGGCUGUGAUGACGAAUGCCUUCCCCUCAGAAACGUCUACAAAGACAAUUGGUACCAGGGCAAUAACUUUACGCCUAUUUAUAAAUACUGCGACGACGCCGGAUUCAAACAAUACGCCAACAAAUGUGAAUCAUGCCUGCGGGGUAAAAAUGGGACGUAUAUUCUCGGGAACUUCAUCGACACAAUGAGCUCAGCUUGCGAAACAAAGCCCAACGCUUCAGACGGCGAGAUUAUUACCCUACGUCAACCUCUUUUCGAAGUUCUCUCUGCGGAAUCCUCUGAUACAGAACCAGACCCAAACGCCGAUUCCGACUCUGGCACUUCCUCGGGCGGAUUAUCAACAGGUGCGAAGGCUGGUAUCGGUGUUGGAGCUGGCGUGGGUGGACUUUUGCUAGUCGGUGGCUUGGUGUGGGUUCUCUGUUUGAAACGGAGAUCGAAGAAGGUUAACGUGUAUCAAUAUGAGCGACCUUGGCAACAGGAAGGUCUGGGCGGCUCGAUACCAGAUCUUAACCGUAAGGAUGGACCGGCCAGUGGAAUGCUCAAUGAGAUGCCGGCUGAGGGGGUGGUGAAGGGGCCGGCGGAAUUACCUGAUGCGGCUGGGGGAAAUGGGGGUGGUAUGAAAGCGAAGACAGUGGAGCCAGUGGAAUUACCAUAA